AGGGAGAGAAGUGGCGUCUCUCUGUUGGCUUGGAUCAGCGAAGCCACUAGGGCCCUCAGUCAUCAUGGCCUUGAAAUCCGACGACCCCUCUAUCGGGUUCCACCACGACGGGGUGGUGGCCUUCAUCAACAAGAAAAUGGCCCUGCAUGGGAAAGGCUCCGAAUUCUACCUCGAGAAUACGUCCGUGUCCUGGGAGGAGGUGGAGGACAAGCUUGGGGCCAUCCUGGAGGACAGUGCGGUGCCCUGCGAGGCCAAGGAGGCCUGUGCGUGGGGCGGCCUGGCCCUGGGCCUGCGCUUCACCCGCAGGCAAGGACAGUUACAGGAGCGCAGGGUGCAGCGGAUGCAGGAAUUCUCUAGACUGCACAAGUCGGCCGCGCAGGCCCUCGCCUCAGACCUGCAGACGCUCGUACAGCGGGAGAUGGAGCGCAAGGAGGCGGCCUUCCGGCUGCAGCUAACCCAGGCCAGUCUUGAGGAGGUGCGGAAGGAGCUGGACCUGCUGAGGUGGAAGCUCCUCCAGGCGGAUCUGGGGUCUCCCCUAGAGCAGGCCGCAGGGUGGCCAGGGCCGGCCACUGCUGGGGGGGCCAUGACUGCAGGAGGAGGAGAGGAAGAAGAGGCGCAGUGGCGGCUCAGGAGUAUGGCCUGGCAUGGGUGA